AUGGUCCAGUUCCUUGCCGACAACCCAGCAGAACUCAAGCAUCUUCAGCGACAAGGCAAUCUGGUCGUGGAAAGAUUUGAAGCCCUUGACGAGGAGUAUAGUGCAGAGGGCGAGCCGUUCCCUUACCACAGGUCUAUUGAAGAAACCUUCUCUGCCGACCAACUCAACUUCAAGAGAGGGCUCUUGAACCAGUUACACUCGCAUCUUCUACCCGCACUAGGACGGCAAAUCGGAAGUCUUUCACGAUUGCUAGACCCAAGCCGCUUACGGAGCGAACCAGGCUUGACCCUCAAUCUCAUCCUAAGCAUACAAUCAGAACUCAAUCACACCUUGAAACAGAUUCAGUCAGCACUGUAUAUCGUCUGUCCAUACUCAGCGGCAUCCACAUCCACCCGAACCAAUGACCAGCACCGCAGAGAAUUCAAAUCCUUCAGAAUCGACGGCAUGUUCGACCUGAUUGCAAAAUAUUCGACAAUGACAGCAAUGUCGCUAAUCUUCUCCGAGGCCAAUGCGCUUCUCAAGCAACUCGAUCUUUCAACAAAGCCAUAUGAGGUCUACGAGUUAGAAAUGACCGACAUACCCUCCAUUGUAUCCAGCAUAGCCGAUAACACAGCUGAUUCUUGGAAGGCAAUUGAAUUGACAAUUGAAUGGUUACAAGGAUCUGAACUCAAUCUCGUGCAACUUCGUUGGCCUGAGGAGAUACGUGCAAUCAAUGAGACCCUGCAAACACUUUUGAGCCUGACCGAUUCAACAUCCACUUCCAACGAACAUGAUGAGCUGUCCGGGAUCACACUGCUCAGUAAACCAGCCAUUCAACUAGCUAAAUCGCUAACACCAAUCGUGAAACUAUCCAGACUGUUCUUCAACAAGUUAUCAAAACGCGGGAUGAAUCGAAAACGGCUCCCAUUAUUCACAGAGAUGCGCUCGGACCAACUGAAAUCUUUGGCAGGCUUGGCUAGAGAAGUUUCUUAUAAUCUUGGCAAAAUCUCGGAAUCCGUAAGAAAGACAAGCACGGUCCGCGAUAACACGACUAGUGUUCAAUGCACCCGACUGGCCGAAAAGAUCGAGACUCGCUUCGAAUCUUCCGUCCUCCUCAUCUCCUUCUAUUUUGUUCCAUUGAUUGCAGAUACCGAUGUUCAAAAUUACUAUAAAACUUGGCUCGCUACUUGGUUCCUUCAACUUAAUUUGGCCAUGCAAAAGCUCAGAGCCGAUAUUGAAUGGUUUGGAAACACCAUUUGAUCACAUUCGACAUGUACAGAAGACAAAAUUGUGGGAAAAAAAGAUAACACUGAAAUUAGCUUCCUAUGUGUAUCAUCCACAACGUUGAUUGGUGUUGUGAUACUCUUGUCUCAUGGGAACAAAAUUGAAAUAACAAUUAUGUUGAGAGCCAUAAA